AUUGAACAGGUGAGUCGUCACGUGACCACCCGUACACAGGAUCCACAAGUAAUUCUAGCAGCUGAACCGAAAGUCAAGCCUUGGGAGUUAUUCUUUUGUUUAAUUAUAAUAUUUUAUCCACUGGAGCCGGAUGAUAUGAUAUAAUCCUAGGGCCAUUGCGAUUGAAAGCUCGUAAUAAGAAGGAAAGAGAAAGAUGUCUUCGAACCAGUUGUCUUUCAUUCUGGCAUGUACUUUAUGGAACAGGAUGUCGGUGUGUGCUGGAGAAUCGCUGUGCACCCAAGCCCCAGAGUUUCAGCUGCCCAGUGGUGGCCAGUCUGAGGUGUGGGAGACCCUGGGUUCCUCUGUGGCUCUGAACUGUACAGCCCUGCUGUCCUGGAACCAGACAGAUCAACGGUGUGAAGCUACCUUCUCGACACUGCUCUGGAGCAAAGAUGGGACCCCUCUCAACCUCAGCCUUUACCCACAGAACACAUCCACCUGGACUCACAGCCCAUCCCAGAUGAUGGUGAGCAGUGUGCUGCAGGUCCGGCUUAGAGAGCAGGCUGACUUUGGCCUCUACUCCUGUGAGGUGAGGAACACCUCUGCUGACUUCAGCCUGCAGAAUACAGCCCAGCCCAGUCACACAGCGGCAGUGAUAGCAGCCAUCAGUCUCUUCCUUCUCCUGACUGUAGCUGCUGUCGUCUACUCCAGGUGCCGUCUCAACGUCACACUCUGGUACCGGAACUCCUAUGGAGACUAUGAGAUCGACGAUGGGAAGCUGCAUGACGCCUACAUCUCCUAUGUGAACAAUGAAUACGACAGAAAGUUGGUCAACUUCAUCCUCAAACCUCACCUGGUCAACAAAUCUGGACAUAAGCUACACCUCAAUGAUAACAACAUCCUACCUGGGGAUGAGCCGUCUGCUGAGUUGCUGAUGAACAUUAGUCACUGUCGACGCCUCAUCGUAGUGAUGUCACACGCCUACCUAGAACAGGACUGGUGCUGUAACAACUUUAGACAAGGCCUUCUGCACCUGCUGGAGCUGUCCCAGAGGCCCAUCAUCAUCAUCACAUUGGAGGGUCAGGUCAAACACAUGAGACCUGAUGUGGUCCAGCAGAUCAGAGAACACCAACACAGACUCACCUUGCUCACCUGGUCAGGAUCACACUCCAUGCCGCCAUCGUCAGUGUUCUGGAAGGAGUUGGCCCUGGCCAUGCCUCGUAAGGUUGUGUUCCACAGCGACGCGGCAGGGGACCCACAGACCCUCUUCCAAGACGAUAAGGACCCCAUGCUCACCCUCAACCCAGACUACCUGGACUGUCGCCCUGACCCCGACCCUGCAGGAGACCUGGGCCUGCGUCUCCCAGUCCACAAGGCCCCGACACCAAGAGUCCCUGUGCUGCCAAUGUUCCCCUCUGUCCCUGCAUCCCUGACUGAGCCCAAACCCUCAGAUAUAGAUGUAUCGGACCUGGGAUCGCGCAACUAUGGAGCUCGCAAUGACUUCUACUGCCUGGUCACAGAGGACAUCUGAGCUAAACUGUAGCCCCUGAAGAAAAAAGAAGAACAAGAUCUCCAAUUUCUACUCUCCCAGAAGGAAAUAGGUCACUUCAGUCUGAAACAUGUUCUCUCAACAACACCAUUACUUCACAGUGUAUGUUACAUUUCUAAAAAGUGAAAACAUUUUUGUUCUUUGAACAACUUUGAUUUUAUCUCAGAUUUAUUACAUUUGUGCUUAUAUUAAACUGAGUGUACAAACAAUAGGAACACCUGCUCUUUCCAUGACAUAGACUGACCAGGUGAAUCCAGGUGAAAG